AUGCAACCCCAGGAUGUCCCAACUGUCAUUGGAGGGAGUGUGGCAUUAUCCUGUGGUGUUGUUGGCAGUGCCACAUCAUUUGCGGUUAAGUGGACUCACAAUGGCAGUGAUUUAAGGGAGGACAAUUCAUUCUCCUUAACAAACACAACUUGGCGCAAUGUAAAGAUAUUUGAGUUGAAAAUUGAUGGAAUAAGACGUCGUCAUACUGGGAAAUAUUGUUGCAUAGUGACUAAUGCCAAAGGAAGUGUAACAAGCAGGAAAUCUAGAGUUUAUUUUUCUAGUGAGUGACUUGAUUAUUCAAGUUAUUUUAAUGUACCUGUAGGAGAUACCCCUGUGCAAGAUAUUUUUGGAAUGCAAACAGCACACAAAGGCAAAUUUCACUGAUUUUGGUGUUCCCUGAUUUCAACCAAUCAUUUGGAAAGCUAAUAGUGAGGUAUUUGAAACAAUAUGCACUUUGUGACACUUAAAUUACAAAGGAAAAGAAGUCUCAACUUUGUGGCUAAAUUUGAUAUUUUCAAAAUUAAUUGAAGAUACAGUAAGGAAAACUCAUCUCUGUACCAUCAAGGUUUUCACUCAGACAGCAAAACAUGUUGGUGGUACUUAAAUUUUUAUGCUUGUAUCUAAAGUUUUUUUUUUUAAUAAUAAUAUGAAUGAAAACUACUUUUUCAUUGUCAGAAGUUUCCCACACCUUUUCCUUGUAAAGUAAAAUACAAUUUGCACAAUCAUUCACAUUGCUUCAAGCACCAUUGAGGUAAAAAGUCCCCAGCAUACAUAAUUGUCAGAUUAAAGUGGAGUUAUGACUGAGGUGUUUUUUUUUUUGCAUACUUUCAAUUGAUGGCAUCUGUGUUUAAUAAAAUAAUGACUGCUGUUAAAUUUCCUUUAUGGUUACAGCCUGGGUUCUUCAAACAUAAAUUUUCCCUAGUGAUUAAUAAAGACUACCCUUCCUGUGCAGAUUGUACCAUGAUAAUUUGUAGAGGUAACAUUUUUUCUUUCUCCAAAGGUUCUGUUAUUCCUUAUAAAGUUGAAGUACCAAGACCAGCAGUAGUUGCUGCAGUUGGUUCUGAUGUUGAGUUGAAAUGUUUCUUCAGUGGAAGCCCAAUACCACAAGUAAUUUGGUACAAAGAUGGAAACAAAGUCACAGACCUAGGAUUUCAAUUUGUCCGAGGUGUAGGGUCAAGAUUUGAAGCCAUUUUAGAAUUAAGCAAUGUCACAAGUUCUGUUUCAGGUCAUUUUGUUUGUGUUGUCAGUGGUGUGGCAGGCACAGCUGAGGGCAACAUAACAUUGUUUGUUGGAGGUAUGUUUGUUUCUUAUCACAUGACAAUUAAAUAAUCAUAUCUUGUUAUAUUUCUCAGAUAGCCCAUGUGCUGUGAUUGGUCAACUUAGCAGGCCAUAUUUUAUUUUACAUUUUGCUAAAUUCAAUAGUUUGAGUUAAUUGAAAUCAAACCUAGAGAUAUUAGUAAUAAAAUGACCUUGUUUUCUUGGUUCCCUACUACAAGUUUCAGAACUUCAUUUUUUCCGCUUGGAGUUAUGGCCUUUGUAUGUUAUACUUAGGCCAUGAAUUCAAGCAGAAAAAACUUCAGUGGUCCUUAACUUACAGUAGGGACCUCCAACAUGGUUAAUAAGACUCGGGCAUUCAUUAAAUUUUGUAUCUUUGUAUUUGAGGUGGUACAGUUUAACCUCAGCUUAGUGUUUUCUAUUGAAACAAAAGAAAAAAAUUGAAAAUAGAAAAACUUUUAUUGGAAUUAACAUGUAGAAUGAAAGAUUGGCAAUAACCAAUUGAAUUGUUUAAUUGUUAGCAGUUCGUAUUUGCCCUUUCAGGGGGCCCAGGGUCUAUACAAUGUCAACUCCCCCCUAGAAGAGUUUCAAUAUUUGGAAUAUGCUUUAAAGAGGAGUGGCAUUUAUCCUUACUGCUUCACCCAACUGGAACCUUCAUAAAACUGCACUUUAUAGCAAGAUGGGUCUGCUGUCUCACAACCUGACUUUUCAAAGGAGUGCACCUGACCUAAUUUAAUUUCACUGUGAAAACAUUAAUUAAAACUUUCUCCCUCAACUAUUUUAGUGUGUCCAAUCUGUUUGACAUAGUUGACAAUCUGCGAAACACAGAAGAUCUACUAUCUAAAAGCAUAAUUCCAUUAUUUGAAUGAUUUUCUGUAGAUGGAAGAGUGCCUGAGGUCAAAUCAUUGCUUCUGUAUAGAGACAUCAGGAAGGGUUCCAACAUAACACUACAGUUCUUUGUAAUGAGUGAAACUGAGCCAGAUGUCACAUGGUAUAAAGAUGGCAAACAGCUCAAAGAUCCUGGAACCAUUAAGCUACAUGCUAAUGGCACAUACAAAGCUGAAUUUCUUAUAACUUUGGUGCAGUACAGUCAAAAUGGGGUUUACGCCUUAAUGGCUCAAAAUCAGUUUGGAACCGGUUCAGCAAAUAUAACUUUGGCUGUCAAAGGUAGCUCUAUAAAUUUUUACUACUGGUAAAGAUGAAUGACAUGCUCUCAAAGUCUUCACUUUUCUGUAGUACUUGUUGUUGGAGCACUUUAUUAACUCAUCAGUAGAUUUUCUAUGUUCAUAACUUCCCUCUGAGGUCAACAUCCCCUGUCUUGGAUAGCUAGCAAUAUUUUUGGAAAUCAAAUCAAAUUAAUUGAAUGUUUAUGUGGGUGAUGUAUUGAUUAAGAUAAAGAUAGUGACUUGGCCCAGCAAGGCUUUAAAAAGAGAGCAAAGAUCUGACCUGUUUACAAGAAUUUUUAGCCAGAAGUUAUAAGUAAUUGAUAUAAGUUUUCAAACCCAACAGUAAUGUGUGCUCUGUUUGCAUUUUUUAUGAAUGAGUAGUUGCACUUGGAAAGGUUUGAGAUAGAAAAAUUUCAGUAACCCCUUGCUGGAAUUGGAGGGUUUUUUAGUUUUGUCCCCACUCCAGCAAACAAAGAAAUUAACCCUUAUAUUUCAGCUGCACUAUAUAAAAUCUUUGGUGUUGACUUUUUAACCCCUAAGAACUGAUUGUUAAUUCUCCCCUCUAACUGCUUCACAUUUCCUUAUAAAUUAGUGGAAAUAAUUUUUUACCUGACAAGAUUGACUAUUCUCAUCACCUGCUUGCUGGAUAUUGUAAGGAUAUUUUAGGGAGAAAUUACGUCUUUAUCACUUGGAAAUUAAAAGGUUAUGGGAAAUUUCCUGAAAAUGGUAACUUGAAUUCCCUGGAUGCAUGAGCUCAGUUGAGUAUAUCAGUAUAUCAAACAAUGUUUCUUGUUCCUGAAGGUUCAGAUUCAAAUGUAUAAAUGUAACCACAGUGUCAUUAAAAUUUUUUUCUUCUGCUACUUCCUCACAGGAGCCCCUGAGGCACCCUCUAAUGUCACAGUCAAACAAACAUCUUUCCAAACUAUACUGGUAUCAUGGCUCCCUGGAUAUGAUGGAGGAGCCGACAGCACCUUUAUUGUAAGAUACAAGAUCAGCGGCUCAGAUGUGUGGACAAGUUCUGAUAAAAUAUCAGGAAAUUUGACAAGUGCCAUGUUGAAUAAGGAAGAGGGAUGGAAUGGUGUAUUUGUUUUCAGUGUGCUAGCUGUCAAUCAGUUUGGAUCUGGUGAAUCCAGUGAAGUUUCAGUGAACUUAAAAGGUACAUUGUUGUUCAAUGUGUGUAGGUAACAACAUGAUUUCAAGUGCAAUUUGUUGUUAACACUUUAACUCCCAAGAUCUCACUAGUAAUUCUCCUUACUGUCUGCCACACAGUUCUUAUGAUGUUAGUAUGAAGAAUUUGUAUUGGAUCAACUCAUAAUACCCUCAUUGAUAUUUUUCUUUAUUCUCAUCACUUGUCUGCUUGAUAUUGUAAGGAGAAAAUCUGUCUUGGUCACUCAUGGGAGUAAAAGGGUUAAUGAGCUGUUGUCUUUGAAAAAUUUACAAAUGCCUAUUCACACUAAAUUGCACAAGAAAUCAUGUUAAGUCCAGAUAGAUGAAAUUUUGAAAGUGUGCAGGUGUCAUUUAUAAUAUGCACUCUUGUUACAACUUUGCAUUUGUGUUACAUGAGAAUGCAGUCAUUUUCAGCCAAUAAGAAGCACAUAACUUUUUCAUGUGCAUUAUUAAAUAAAUUAUUUUAACCCUUGAAAACCCAGGAGUGUUUUAACAUGUUACUUCUCCAAGUGAUGUACAUACAUUAUCCCACAAACAGGUGAUGAGAACCCUUAAAACUAUCAGGUAGAAGAAGUUAUUGUGGUCUAAAACAAAAUUCCAGUAACUAAUUUACCAGGAAGUCUGUAACAGCUAGAGUAGAGAAUUAAUAAGCAGGUCUUGGGAGUGAAUGGGUGAACACCAAAAAGAUCUUUAUGCCAAUUCUCCUUAUUGUCCUCCUUACACUUGUUUUAAUUUAGUUGUGAGAAUUUAUUGUUAAAUCAAGUAAUACCCCAUAGGUGAUUAUCUUUGCUAUCAGUCACUUUCCAGAUUGACAUUACACUGACAUUGUUAGUAGGAGUUACUUGGUAUAGCUAACUAGCGAGCCUCCAUAUUUAGAUUCGCUCUGAAGGAAGGGUUAACACUUGAAAUGUCAAUUUAAGAAUCUCUUUAUGGUGGCCAACUCACAUCAUUAACUCAGUCGAUAAAGCUAAAUUAUCUUGUAAUACACCCCAGCAGACACAGCUUCACAGUUUCUGUAGAAACGUACCCCCUUUAUUCGAUAUGACAUAUUUCUUAACGUAUUUUUCAGGGGAAGACAGCGGUCCGCAAGCCCGUAAAGACGAAGGUUCAUCAACAGGCGCCAUAUUGGGUGGAGUCAUAGGAGGGGUGUGUGCUGUACUUUUGGUUAUUGUGGUGGUGCUGAUCAUACGUCGUAAAAACAAGAAGAAAAAAGAUCCUUCUCAGCCUCUCCCAGCUGUACAUUACUCUGUGGUGGUAUGUAGUUACACUUAGAAAAUAUUUACAUCUUUUAACCCUUUAACUCCUACGAUCUCAUUAGCAAUUCUCCUUACUGUCGGCCAAAUAGUUCUUGUGAUGUUAGUUUGGAGAAUUUGGUAUGAGAUCAACUAAUAAUCCUCUCAUUGAUAUUUUUCUUUAUUCUCAUCACUUGUCUACUUGAUAUUGUAUUGAUAUUGUAAGGAGAAAUUCUUUCUUGGUCUUUCAUAGAAGUUAAAGGGUUAAAGAAGAGGCAUUGGCCUAACGUAAGCCUGCAGAGUAGGCGUCUUGUUAGGCGAGUUAACCCUUUACACUCUAACGUCAACAUCCAUUUUCUCCAUACUCUUCUCUAUACAUUCCUUUUGGUAUUGACAAGGAGAAAUCAUUUGGUAAUCAAAGCUUCUUAGGUUGGCGAUCAUUCUCUGUAUUCUCAUAAUGAUGAUAGAUGAUUUAGCGAUACUGUUGUAAGGAGAACUUGGGUGCCAGUCACUCUUAGGGUUUAAAUAGUUAAGGUUAGGAAGCGCGCAAAACCGCAAACGUUUUCCUCGCAAAAUUUCUGGAAACUCUAUCCUCGAACCAACAUCGUUAGACAAAUGCUUUCAUUUGAGGCGAUAGAUCUUUGGCAAGACAUUCCUUAUUAUUUUAAAGACCUGAAUACAUUGUCUUUGGACAAAUAAGUGAAAUGUUGAAAAUAUGUUCUUUUUCGUCUUGUCACGAGCGUGGGACAAAGAAAAAAAAAAUUCUGAGUCCCCAUGAGGAAUCGAACCUCAGACCUUCGGACUCCGCGCUUCUAUGCUCCGAUGAAUCCGAUUCUCAGGGUUCGAUUCCUCGUGGGGACUCAGAAUUUUUUUCUUUGUCCCACGCUCGUGACAAGACGAAAAAAAAACAUCUUUUCUAUGUCUUUACCGAGCUAAAAAACUUACCAUUUCUCUUAUUUCUAUCUACAAGUGAAAUAUUAUUUGCCGUCGGAACAACACCAUAAGUAACUUAAAUAAAAAUUCAAGUAUCUGUCUUUGUUGUAGUACUACACGAUCUUUUAAGUGUGGGUUUUUUUUCUCUCGUUUCUCUUUUUGUUAAAAACCUGACUUCAAAUGGGAAGAGUUAAGCUAAAAAACCUCGUGGUUCCUCUAGCCUCUAGGCUCCAGUUAUGAUUAAACUAUGCUUUUGAAAAUAGCUUGUUAACUAUAAGUAGUUUUCUUAUUAUUCAGUUGUGUUACUUCUUUUUGCGACCAACAAAAAGAUUUGUUGUUUUUGUAGCUUGAGUAUGGCGCUUGAGUUUGGUUAUAUGAUUUAUAUUAAGUUCUCAGUUACUAUUUGUGAUGUCUACCUUAUUCUGAUUGUCUGUUGUAGUUACGUAAGUUUUGGUCUUAAAAAAACAAUCAAAAAGCGCUCUAAACCAUUCACUUCAUUCCUGACACAGGA